AAAUGAGGAUGAUAAAGAAAUGUGUAAAGAGGAGAAACAUCAUGUCAAAACUGGAGAAAAACCUUUGGAUCGCUCUCAAACAAAACAGAAAGAUUUAAAGAAAAUAAGAGACAAGAAAUCAUUAACCUGCCCUCAGUGUGGAGAGAGUUUGACAAACAAACAGAGUCUUGAGAUUCACAUGAGAGUUCAUGCCGGAGAGAAAUUGUUCACAUGUAAACAAUGUGGAAAAACAUUUUUGUGGGCUUCAGCCCUGAAGAGUCACCUGAUAGUUCAUUCAAAGGAGAAACCACAUUCAUGUCCUAUAUGUGGAAAUAGUUUUUCACUACUGAAUAAUUUAAAAGCUCAUCAGAAAAUACACACUGGUGUGAGAGAUUAUAUGUGUUUUGAGUGUGAGAAGACUUUUAUUAGAGCUACACAUUUGAAACGGCACCAGAGGAUCCACACUGGAGAGAAACCUUACAAGUGUUCACACUGCGACAAGAGAUUUAGUCAUUCAGAAUCCCGAAAAGGACAUGAGAGGAUUCACACCGGAGAGAGACCUUACAUGUGUAAUCAGUGUGGUACGAGUUUCAAACUAAAAACUCAACUUAAGGUGCACAUGGGAGUUCACACUGGAGAGAAACCAUUCACAUGUGAUCAGUGCGGGAAGAGUUUUGCACAAUCAGAAAAGCUGAAGAGACACAUGAGGAUCCACACUGGAGAGAAACUGCAUAAAUGUGAUCAAUGCGGAAAAACAUUUUUGUGGGAUUCAGGCCUGAGGAGUCACCUGAAUGCCCAUUUAAAGGAGAAACCUCAUUCAUGUUCUUUUUGUGGAAAGAGAUUUUCACAUCUGCAGAAUUUAAAACAACACCAGAAGAGACACAUGGCUGUGAGAGAAUAUAUGUGCUUUGAGUGUGAGAAGACUUUUGUUUCGUCUACAGAACUAAAACAGCACGAGAAGAUCCAUACUGGAGAGAAACCAUACAUGUGUUCACACUGUGACCAGAGAUUCAAUCACUCAGAAACCCUGAAAAGACAUGAGAAGAUCCACACUGGAGAGAAACCUUAUACAUGUGAUCAUUGUGGGAAGAGUUUUAGACAUAAAGAUCAUCUUAAGGUGCACAUAAGAGUUCAUACAGGAGAGAAACCAUAUCACUGCACUGCAUGUGAGAAGAGUUUCGCUCAAUCAAGUUCUUUACACAAGCAUACGAAAAAAAUUCACAGUAAAUAGAUUAUAUUCAGAUCUACCAUUUUCAGGUCUGACACCACAUCAUUACCAAACAUGACAAAAUAAUGUGUUGGUCUAUACAUUUGUUUGUGUACAAUAAAAAUAAACAUCAUCUGUUGUUUACACAGUUAAUGAAGUUUUGUGUUCAA